UCUGCCCAGUGUGAUUGUGAUGAUGAGGCCGCCCUGCUGGAGCGCACAGUCUGAGGAUAAUCGCAGGUGGUAAGGGUUACAAUCUGCCCACAAGAGGCGACAGAAGCGGGUGUCGAUCUGGACCAGAAAUAUUUCUGGCUCACGUUUAAGAUACAAUUAUCCAUCCUGGAUCGAGGUUGUUGUUUUUUCUCCCCCUUGAUGCUCUACAAUGCGGUCCUCGGCUUGGUACGUGGCCAAUUGCGCUCUCAUCCUCUGCACGCUCCGGUUGAUUGACUGGGCCAAUGGACUGCGACUGUGUAGCGAGACGGACUACUAUUAUGAGUACACAGAGUGUGACAGCACAGGAUCUCGGUGGAGAGUGGCAAUCCCACAGAGCCCCGGGGCCUGCACUGGACUACCAGAACCAGUACAUGGCACAGAGUGCACCUUCUCAUGCAAGGCUGGGGAGUUCCUUGAGAUGUCGGCUCAGGAGUGUACCCAGUGUGCAGCAGGAAGCUACUCCCUCGGCAGUGGCAUCCGCUUCGACCAAUGGGAUUCCAUGCCUGUUGGAUUCAGUAGCCUGGCAACCUCACUGGAAAACAGUCCAAACGGAGAUGAUAGGCCCACCUGCAACAGUUCUUCCUGGUUGCCUCAAGGAAACUAUCUUGAGUCCAACAGGGAUGAAUGCACAGUCUCUCUCAUUUAUGCUGUUCAUCUGAAGAAAAAGGGCUCUGUCAGCUUUGAGUACCAGUAUCCAGACAACAAUCUGCUGUUUGAGUUCUUUAUCCAGAAUGACCAAUGUCAGGAGAUGGAUCAGUCUGCUGAUACAAAGUGGCUCAAGCUCACCAAUAAUGGUGAAUGGGCAACCCAUACGGUGAACCUGAAAUCUGGCACCAAUAUCCUGUACUGGAGGACACGUGGGGUCCUGAUGGGGAGCAAAGGGUUGAAGCCUGUUUUGCUGAAAAAUGUUCAAAUAGAAGGAGUCGCCUACACAUCAGAGUGUUUCCCGUGUAAGCCGGGGACGUUCAGCCGAGUCCCAGGCUCCACCAAAUGUGAACCCUGUCUUCGGGACACCUACGCUGGCCACGGUGCCAGCUCCUGCACCCCCUGUAACGCUACCACUCAGUAUGCAGCCCAGGGAUCCGCUAUGUGUAAGGACAGACCUCCAUGUUCCAGGAAGGACUAUUUCCAGAUCCACACAAAAUGUGACCACGAAGGCAAGACGCAGGUCAUAUAUAAGUGGAUUGAACCUAAAAUCUGUCUGGAGGGUGUGACUGGAGCUGAGUCGUUGCCUCCAAGUGGAGAAAGGGAGCCCUGCCCCCCCUGUAACCCCGGUUUCUAUAACAACGACACGGCCACCUGCUCCCCAUGCCCACCUGGGACCUAUUCUGAUGGGAUGAAACCUUGUACGUGGUGCCCAGCAGGCACUGAGCCCUCCUUGGGUUAUGAGUUUAAAUGGUGGAAUAUUCUUCCUCCAAACAUGAAGACCAGUUGUUUCAAUGUGGGCAACAACAAAUGUGACAAUAUGAAUGGCUGGGAGGUGGCAGGUGAUCAUAUCCAGAGUGGAGCAGGGAGCUCAGAUAAUGAUUACCUCAUCCUCAACAUCCAUAUUCCUGGCUUCAAGCUCCCUACGUCCAUGUCAAGCCAUUCUGCGACGGAGUUUGGUCGCAUUACAUUUGAGUUUGAAACUGUGUGUGUAGCUGACUGUGAGCUCUACUUCAUGAUGGAUGUAAACAGGAAGAGUACUACGGUGGUGGAAUCAUGGGAGAAAACGAAAACAAGACAGACCUACACACAUGUUAUGACAAAGAAUGCCUCGGUCUCCUACACAUGGGCUUUCCAGAGGACUAACCAACCUUCUGAUGUACGCCGGUAUGUCAACGACGUGGUGCGAAUCUACUCCAUCUCAGUGAGUAACGCUGUCGAUGGGGUGUCCUCUGGGUGCCGGGCUUGUGCUCUCAGCACCCAACCCUCCAGCUCUGCAUGUGUGCCGUGCCCACCUGGACACUACAUAGACACGCGCACCAGCCAGUGCACAGAGUGUCCGCCUAACACAUACCUCAUCCCUCACACCACGCCGGGCCCCGAUGCCUGCAAACCCUGCGGACCGGCCAGCAAGUGCGACAAGGACCACAGUUUUUGUUACAGUGACUGUCACUUCACCUACGCAGAGGGCAAUGCCACUCUGACUUAUGACUUCAGCCUCCUUGGGUCUGUAGGAUCACUGAUGAAUGGUCCGAGCUUUACCUCCAAAGGAACAAAGUACUUCCACCACUUCAAUAUCAGCCUGUGUGGAGGAAAGAGUCAGUUGGCGGAAUGCACAGACAAUGUAACAGACCUAUCCAUCACGGACUCCCAGAGAGAGAACGGCGAGGGAGCCAACGCUGUCAAGACCUUCAUCUGUCAGUCAACAAUAAUCCCAGCUACUGGACGAGGCUUCCACACAGCACUCGCCUCGCAGUCCAUUAACCUGGCUGACACAUUACUUGGAGUGACCGUAGAGAGUACACUUGAUGGAGUAAGGGCGAGACCAGAGCUGUACCCCCAGACCUCCAAGAAAGUCCCUGAUGUCAACUUCUACUACAGGUCCUUGGAGGCGACCUCAUCUUGUGAGUCAGGUCGGAGCGCAGUGGUGACACUUCGCUGUAACCCAGAGAAAAACACUAAAGGAGAGCUCUCAGUUCCCAGCCAGUGCCCUGCGGGAACAUGCGACGGCUGCACCUUUCAUUUCUUAUGGGAGAGCUCAGGAGCUUGUCCUACAUGCACAGAGAGAGACUACCAUCAGAUAGAGGGAGCCUGCAAGGGAGAUCAGCAGGACCUGCUGUAUGUGUGGACUGAACCAAAGCUGUGCAUAGGAGGUGUGAACUUGCCUGAAAAGGAAACGUUGCCAUGUGAGGGUAUGGAGUUCUGGGUACGGCUCGGUGCAGGGCUGGGCACUUUCACCGCAGUGCUGCUCGUCAUCCUCAUCUGCUACUUCUGGAAGAAGAGCAAAAGGUUGGAGUACAAGUACUCCAGGUUGGUGAUGUCUGCCAAUAAGGAGUGUGAGAUGCCAGGAGCUGACAGCUGUGCUGUGAUGGAAGGAGAGAACGAGGGAGACAUGGAGGAUGAAAUCGUGUACACAAAACCCUCUCUACUUGGCAAACUCAAAGCCAUAGCAUCCAAGGGCAACGGAGAGCACUAUGAACAUGUGCAGCUAAACUCAUCUCAUUCGAAAGCGUUGGUAUGGAGCUAGAGAGGUGGUAAAGUGAGGGGAGAGAUCGCACCCUCAAGAGAUUUUCCACUGAAUGACCCCUUUAACCAACCACCCCCUUUAUGAGCUCUGGUACCUGGAAUACCAACUGUGUGUAUACACACACACACACACACACACACACACACUUCAUGCAUCUAGAGCCAGGUUCAGAGAAGUCACGCAAACAUGGUGGCCUUAAAGCUCGGUACGACAGAGCCGUCCAACUCAAAGCAUAGUACUGUGAAGCAGGUGCGUGAGAUAGACACUUCCUGGUAAUAUUCUGAUUCAAACUGAUGUCAGAAAGUCUGUUAGAAGAGCUCAGGGUAAGACAAGGACCUAUUUGAUUGAUGUUCUGGUUUAUAAUAAUUUCAGUCUGUGUAGUGUCUAAUGUUUCUUUUGACAGCCAUGGUGUGAUUUGCCAUUAGGAUCAGCAUGGUGAGUGUGUGUUCAUCUCCCGUUGACGUUUACACAGACUGCUAUAUUGUGUCCAUAUAAAGCCUCUAUCUUUUCAUCUGUUUGUUCUUUUGCUUAGUUGAAAUUGUUGUAAUGAGGAGAAGCAUUCUGCUGACCAAUUAAAAAUGAAGAUGUCAUAUUAUGCAGAUGAGGUUGGGGUGUUUACUGUCCAUGUAUGUCAAAUAAAUUAUGAUGUAUUUAUGUAUAA